AUGGUUAAUUUAAGUAACAUACAAUUAUUAAGAUGGAACACUUCAUGGACAUAUAAAUUAAAGAGAUAUCACAUGUCACCAAGAUGGAAUGUUAGUAAAUGGUUGGUGAAAGAGGAAUAUAAAUCCCAAAAAUUUACUAAACCAUUUUAUUUAACAAAAUGGGGAAAUUUUAAAACAUGCCAACAAGUUCAAUUAUUACCAACUACUGGUGGAGCUUAUAACAAAUUUUGCGAUAUGAACAAACUUCAUGAAAACAACAACAGAAAAAAAUAA